AUGAUGGCAACUGACGCUUUGUCCAGAUCCUCCAUCGAUCACCCUCAGCUGUCUCCCGGGAUCGACCUCGCUGAGAUGUCAGUGGAACAACGCCGUACUGGUUCUCCCUUUGACGAGGAUGUUUCUGGACUCCAUCUCCAGGACCUGCCACUGACAACUGGCAACGGCACCAUUUUAUGUGAUGUCUCCACUGCGUCCCGCCGCCCUUUUAUGCCGCCAUCCUUUUGCCGCAAAGUCUUCUCCUCCCUGCACAACUUUUCUCACCCUGGGAGUCGAGCUAUGGACAAGCUAAUUUCCGAUCGCUUCGUUUGGCCUGGGAUGCGCAAGGACCUUAAUGCUUGUACACGGGCGUGUCUCGAUUUUCGGCGCAGCAAGGUCCUGUGGCACAAAAAGGCCCCCGUAGGCACGUUCCCCAGCUCUGACUCCAGGUUCAAUCACGUCCACCUGGACAUCGUAGGUCCCCUGCCUCUGUCCAACGGCUGUUCCUACCUCCGUACUUGUAUGGAUCGUUUUACUCUGGGGCCGUAGGCCAUCCCUCUGCCUGAUGUCGCUGCUUCAACAGCCGUCAAGGCUUUCCUCAGUCAUUGGGUUGCCGUCUUCGGUGUUCCCUCCACCAUUACGACUGAAUGCGGUGUCCAGUUCGAAUCUCAACUCUUCCAGUCUCUUCUCUCCUUUUUGGGCUGCACUCACAUUCGCACUACAGCCUGUCACCCUGCUGUCAACGGGAUGGUUGAGCGUUUUCACUGCCAGUUGAAAACCUCCCUACGCGCUUCAGAGGACCCGGAGAAUUGA